CCAGUGGAUGACAAUAGUGAUGCCAUGGCGCUUUUGAAUGGCACUUUUUACUUCAAAACAUUCCCAGACGGCUCGGUUGACAGGUCUAAAGUAAUCUGCACUUUUUGCCAAACUGAAUUUAAAUAUCAUCGAAGUACUUCAAGUCUGAGCUACCACCUUCGAGCUAAGCAUUCAUUCCCAUCUACUCCGACUAAUUCAAGCGGUCAAUUGUUUCAUCAAAGACUGCAGAGCACCAUUUUGGAGUGCGCUAAUCGCCACAGACCCGUGAAUGAAUUUCAGCCUGAAAGGUUAAAUUCAGCCUUGCCUAGUUGGCUCGCGACUGACCGCAGGCCGGUGGACAUUAUGGACGAGUCUGGAGUGAGGGAUGCCCUCAGAUUGGCAUGUUAUGACCAGUUAUAUGUCCUACCGUCGCAAGGACCAGUAGUUUCAGGAGAGCAGGACGAAACGGAGAAAGUGAUUAAACAAGAACUCCUGGAAAGUGAAAAUGCUGUGUCGUUAUCUGGGGAUCACUGGACGUCAGGAGCUGGAAGUGGUGAUGACCAGGAACAGGAGAGAGUCAGAGAUGAGAAGGAGCAGCAUUGCCCCCUGCCCGUCGUUAGCACAAGCCUUCCCCUGGUGGAGCCCUGUGAAAAUAGCCAUCAAGAGAUGGAAGUUUCUCUUAAACGAAGAAGACGAGCCCCCACAGAAACUGAGAUAACUUCUGCAGAGGCCCUCAGCAACUUUAGAGAUGAAGAUGAACUGUUUCUGCUCAGCCUCCUGCCUUCACUGAAGAGACUCACAAUAAAAAAAAGAAUGGAGGUCCGGAUGAAAUUCCAGCAAGUGCUUUAUGAUGCAGAGUUUGAGGACUGAAGUGCUGGUUUAAGAACAAUAAAUGGGUUUGUUAUUGCAAUGAACAAUGGACAAUUAUUCAACAAUGAAUAGGUUUCUAAACCAUUAUAACCUACUUAUUUAUGAAACACCAGGGCUACUUCACAAUAUCAAUAAGUAGAUCUCGUUAUGUCAUUGUAGCACAGUUGUGUACAGAAGUUUAUCCCUUAGUUUGAAAACAGAAUAGUAUUAAUUUUUAUAGGUGAAUAAGCCACUUUGUUGUUAGUAUCUACUAAAUGAAAGAUUUAGUUGUUAGUUAUGUCAGCACACGUGCAGUGUAAUACAUUAGUGCAAUAUAUGGAAAGAUGUGUUUAAUGCUAUGUCCACAUAUUUAUGUAAUUGUGUAAGGCUAGCUUUGAAACAUGUGCUAGUAAUUGUUAAUGUUAUUGUUAUGGAAUCAGAUGAUUAUUUGUUUAGCCAUUGAUUGGCUAACGUUUGCACUGGCAAGUUGUCUUUAACAGAAUAAACAUAUGAGUCUUGCUGAGCCAUUUUAGCCUUUGACCAGUACUUAGACUGAGAAAACUGUUUUUUCAUACCUUUGUUAUUGGAGAGGUCAUGAAGUGUCAAUUGCUGUAAAAGCAAUAACACAAAAAUAUUCAGCUUACCAACACUGCUUUUUUCAAAUCAUUUGUACAUAUUACAUGGUGUUCACUGACUGUUCGUUGAUGUGCCCCCUCUUUCAGAAGUGUGUUUUUUUACUAUGUUUUUGCUUCAAAUAAAUGUGU